UUGUGGUAGUUAACAUUGUUUCUGGUAAUUUUCAAAUAUCAAAAAGUUCUUGUCUUAUUCAGCUAUUUUCUGUUAUGACAUAUGGGGGCUGUGAGAUCAUGAACCUGAUGGUUAUGGCGUAUGACAGAUACAUUUCCAUAUGCUUUCCUCUUCAUUAUGAAAAAAUAAUUGGACAAGCUAAAGCACUUAGUACUUGCAUUCCACACCUUGUAGCAAUUGUAAAUUUUUUUAUUGGCUGUUCCUUUGAAGUUUACCAAACAAGUUCCUUGUCCGCUGGAUUCCACUUCAGCAAGUUCCGUGCCACCUGGAUUCUACUCCAGCGUCUCCUAGAGUUCCGUGCUCAGGACCCCAUGUCUUAA